AUGUUGUCGGCAACCGGUCAACUGCUACGUCCCGAGAAUGAGGCGAACACGCCUUCUCCUUCCUCGGUCCCAGACAAACUCAUCCUACUUCCUCUGUUCGUCUGUGUUACUCUGGUAGCGGUACGCAAGCACGAGUCUAUGAUCUACAGCCCGUCACCUUGCCCGCUGUUACUCGUAGCUGUCGCCGUGAGCACACUCGCUGCUAUUGUGACCUUCCACGACAGUACUUCAUACUUCCGACAAGAUGAACCGCGCGGUCUACUCCACAGCUCUGAGGGAGUUGAUUGUGACGACGAUAAUGAGGUGGAACACACGCUCGAGGCUAUUUGCUUCCAGACCUUGGUCAAUUUGUGUACUGUCGUUUUCGGCUCGUAUACUGCGAUGUCUGUCUGGCAGUAUAUCGGGUUCUGGCUUGGCACGAGUACACUCCUUUGGGUCGGUCGACAACUUCAGACUGAGAUCGUGGACAACACAUACUACCACCCAGUCAUGCUACCGCGAGAUGAUAGCAUCGACGAUUGCGAGCAAGGUCCAGACGACGUUGGCACAAACGAAAGGCAAGGAGACGCCAGAUCGAGCACCUUAUUGCAGAUCAUGUUCAUCGCGGGUUGCAUGUUGCUCUCGUUGCUGAAUCUCGGCACUCGGGUGUCACUUUCGCGAUGGACGACACCUGGACAUAUUCACCUCAUAGACUUCAACACGACAAGCUCCUUCGACUUCGUGGUGUCCAGAUAUCAUGAGCCAGCCCGCGUGAUCGCGCAGCAGAUCAACCGUCUUUGCGAGCUCCCUAACACCAAGUCUCAAGAUGUUCGCGUCAUCGUCUACAGCACAGGAGAAGACAACAUCGUUAAGUUCAGAGCAGACCUCCAAAACGCUCUCCAUCCCUCUCUUGAGGUCAUCGUCGAGGCCCGUAAGAACAUCGGUCGGGAAGCAGCAGCAUACCUCCACCAUAUUCUCCACCGUUACGAUAACCUCUCCGACCAUACACUUUUCAUGCAAGCCGAAAUGGAUUACCCACACUUACUCCAACAGAGAGCGAAGGAUUACCUGAUCCCGCAAACAGGUUUCCUAUCUCUCUCUUCGACACAGCAAUAUUGCUCCAGCACCAACGACUGCUGGGAUCACUCUCGCUGGGGUGAGAAUCCUGAGAUUCUUGGCGACAUCUAUACACGCGCGAACCCUCAUGCUAUAGCUACGGACUUCACAUUAACGUACCGAGGGCAGUUCAUCGCCUCCCGAAUUAGGAUACUGGGGCAGGAGAAACAGCUAUUCGUUGAUCUACUGGAUUUGUUGACAAACUUGAAGAGUGUGGCGCAUAGUGAGAAGUACAUCAAUCAGCCAUGGCUGCCGAAUAAGAAGGAUAGCCUCAAUGCGCCUCUGUUCGGGUAUACGAUGGAGAGGUUAUGGGGAGUCAUCAUGGGAUGCGAGGGGAGGAGGAUAGCAGAUAGAUGUCCGAGUCAGUUAUCGAGCUCUUUGACCUCGUUCAUAGGUUUAGGGAUGUAUGGCAGAGUCGAAGACUGUCAGUGCUUGGAUUGA